UCGCAGAGGAGGAGGAUCUAUCUGACAGGCCCAGCCCCCUGCGCUAUGACUCGUCCACACUGUGUGACAGGGGAAGGCUGGGCUGUCCCGAGCUUUAUCUCAACACACACACACACACACUUGCACUCACUCACACACUCACAAACACACACACACACACACACAGUGACUGCCUGUGCCAGAGCCUGCCUGCGCUCUCAGCUCAAGCCCUCUUAAAGCUGUUUUUCUGCUGGAGAUCAGCGAGAGCUAACGACACACAGCUGCCUCUGCCGAAGACAGGAGGACAAGAGGAGAACGGAGGGAGGAGGGGAAUAAAAGAGGAGCAGGAGGGAGGAGAGGACGAGCACAGGGGGAAAACAAAACCACCAGCAGCCUCUUAACUUCUGUCUCUGCGUCUCUCCGGCAGUCCGGCACAGUCAUUCUUCAGCAGGGAGUGUGUUCCGCUCCAGUUCAGGACUUUUUUUUUUUUAAGAGGGGGUGGUUAAGAAGAAGAGGAGGAAGAAGAGGGGCUGGAGUUCACAUGACAUAAUCAGAGUGAAUGGGUUGCCAUGGUGACUCACCCAGGGAGCCUGACCCGUGCAGAGUGAAUGGAGGGAGCGCCUUGGACGCCAAGUGAACGAUAAACUAACGGAGGGGAGUCACCAGAGAGAGAGAGAGAGAGAGAGAGAGGAGAGGAGCGGAGAAGGAGAAGGAGCGGUGGAUAACAGAGGGAGUAGAGAGGAGCGGAGCAGAGGUUGAGAAUGGAGGACGGCUUUUCCAGCUACAGCAGCUUGUAUGACACCUCAUCACUGCUACAGUUCUGCAACGAUGACAGCGCGUCAGCGGCCAGCAGUAUGGAGGUGACCGACCGCAUCGCCUCCCUGGAGCAGAGGGUCCAGAUGCAGGAGGACGAGAUCCAGCUGCUUAAGUCUGCUCUGGCCGACGUGGUGCGCCGGCUCAACGCGUCUGAGGAGCAGCAGGCCAUGGGGUCACGCAGAGGACCCACCAAAGACCCCGCUUUGAUGAGAAAGUCUCCCUCAGCAGACAGCAAUGUUGGGAAGCCAGCCAGGCCAAUGAUCGCCACCCUGCCGUUACGGCCCACGGUGAACAACGGGACCAUCCUACCAAAGAAAGGCAGCGGGACUCUGCCCUCCCCAUCUGGAUCUGGAUCCAGGAAGGACAACAGCACACCAGCCAACAAGAGAUUUCUCUACCUGCCCCUCAGCACUGUGAGGCGAGCCAACUCAAACGAACAUGUCGGAACGCUUACGCGGAAAGAUUCAGGCGACAAGGGCAACCGCACCCGAGCGGGAUCCACCGGCAGCAACUCCAGUGGCAAAAGAAGUGACAGCAAACAGAGGGAUCCAGUGUUCAACGCAGGGAUGCGACGUGUGACCCACUGCAAAGAGGAAGGUUAUGUGAAAAUGUACUUGAAGGGUCGCCCCAUCACCAUGUUCAUGCCCAAAGACCAGGUGGACAGCUACUGCCUGGAGGCCAAAGCCGACCUGCCCAGCAAUAAACUCAAACUGGACUGGGUUUACGGCUACCGUGGUCGAGACUGUCGCUCCAACCUUUACUUGCUGCCCACUGGAGAGACGGUGUACUUCAUCGCCUCCGUGGUCGUCCUGUUCAAUGUGGACGAGCAGCUGCAGAGACACUACACCGGACACACAGAUGACAUCAAAUGCCUGGCCGUCCAUCCCGAUAAAAUCACCAUAGCAACUGGGCAGGUGGCAGGCACCUCUUCGGAUGGGAAACAGCUGGCUCCUCAUGUCCGUGUGUGGGACUCCGUCAGCCUCAACACACUCCACGUUCUGGGCACAGGCUUCUUUGACCGCGCCUUGGUCUGCCUGGCUUUUUCCAAGUCGAAUGGAGGAAACACAUUGUGUGUCGUAGACGACUCGAAUGACCACGUCCUCUCAGUUUGGGACUGGCAGAGAGAGGACAGACUGGCUGAGGUCAAGUGCUCCAACGAGUCGGUGUUCGCUGCAGACUUUCACCCAACAGACUGCAACGUCAUAGUGACCUGUGGCAAGUCUCAUCUCUAUUUCUGGAGCCUGGAGAAAGGCAUGCUGGUCAAGAAGCAAGGCCUGUUUGAGAAACAGGAGAAGCCCAAGUUUGUGUUGUGUGUGACCUUUGCAGAAAACGGAGAUGCCAUCACAGGAGACUCAAGUGGAAACAUCCUGGUGUGGGGAAAAGGCACUAAUCGCAUCAGCCACGUCAUCCAAGGGGCUCAUGAGGGCAGCAUCUUUGCUCUGUCCACGCUGAGGAACGGCACGCUGGUGUCCGGAGGGAAGGACCGCAGGCUCGUCUGCUGGGACAGCAGCUACCAGCAGAUACAAACAGUGGAGGUGCCUGAGCUGUUUGGUCCCAUCCGGACUAUAGCGGAGGGAAGAGGGGAGACCGUGCUCAUCGGGACCACCAAGAACUUUGUUUUGCAAGGAAGUCUGGAUGGAGAAUUCAUGCCCAUCACACAGGGUCACACAGAUGAGCUGUGGGGUCUGGCGGUCCACCCCUGGAAGCCUCAGUUCCUCUCAUGUGGAUACGACAGGCAGGUCUGUCUGUGGGACUCCAGUUCCCAUCAGCUCAUCUGGACCAAGAGUAUGGAGGAUUCUGCCCAAUCAGCAGGCUUCCACCCGUCUGGAGCUGUGGUCGCCAUUGGAACUCAGACUGGCAGGUGGCUGGUGCUGGACACUGACUCUAAGGAUCUCGUCACAGUGCACACAGAUGGGAAUGAACAGCUGUCUGUCAUGAGCUACGGGCCAGAUGGUAACUUCCUGGCCAUUGGCUCCCACGACAACUACAUCUAUAUCUAUGCUGUGGCAGAAAAUGGGAGGAAGUACAGCCGAGUGGGGAAAUGCUCGGGUCACUCUAGUUUCAUCACCCACCUGGACUGGUCAGUGGACUCUCAGUACCUGGUAUCAAAUUCAGGGGACUAUGAGAUUCUGUAUUGGAUCCCGUCAGUGUGUAAGCAGGUGGUCAGUGUGGAGACCACCAGAGAUAUCGAGUGGGCCACCUACACCUGCGCGCUGGGCUUCCAGGUGUUCGGCUUGUGGCCCGACGGCUCGGACGGCACCGACAUCAAUGCUGUCUGCAGGACCAACGAUAAGAGCCUCCUGGUCACUGGAGACGACUUUGGGAAGGUCCAUCUAUUCUCAUACCCCUGCUCACAGUUCAGGGCUCCCAGCCAUGCUUACGGCGGCCACAGCAGCCACGUGACCAACGUCACCUUCCUGCACAACGACAGCUACCUGGUGUCGACCGGAGGGAAGGACAUGAGCGUGAUGCAGUGGAGGAUAGUCUGAGGCAGAAACAGAUACUGUCGGUUUGGACUGAUGUCAGGGGACCUGAAACCCAGCUGAACUGAACUGAACUGAACUGAACUGAACUGAACUGCACUAAACUGAACCGAACCGAACCAAACAUAAAUUAACUCCAAUCCUAAAUACAACAAAGUGGAUCUGCCUGAACUGAAGUGAAUUGACAGAAGAGGAACCCGAGGUUUCUAUUCCUGAUCUGCUCUCAGACCCCGAUUGAGGUGAACUGUGGGAGGUGUAACGUGUUGUUGCGUGAAAUACAAAAGAAUCUUGAAUAUUUCUCCUUUUUUCUUUGAUCACACUACAUGUAAAAAGAAAAACAAAAUGAACAUUUUUCUCUUACGUACUGUAGCCUACUCACCAAUGAGACGAAACGAAUCAAACGGAUCAAAUCCAACUAAACAGAACCAAAGGCUCGGACUUUCUGAUUGCAUUUGUACAGUUUGGCUUUCACUGUUCUUGUGUUGUGUGAACUCCAGCCGCUGGACCGCGGAGGGUUCUUGACUGAAUAUCAUCAAGCCGGAGGAUCCAAGAGCAUCGGAACAAAAACUGUGUACGGAAAGAAAGAACAUAGUGAUUUUCUAAUUGUUAAACUUUCUUUUAUUUUGUAUUUAACAACUCAGGAAAGCACUAGUGAAGCAGGAAUCCUCCCUGUUGUUAUUAUUAACACUGACAUAUCAGAAAGAGCCCGAAACACAUCAAAACAUGCAGAGAGCCACAGUUGAUAUCACUGACCUACCAUUAUUGAUUCAUUUGCAUUGGAUAAUUGUGUAUGCAAACUACCUAAAGAGUCGAUGCAAAUGCUGAAUUUGGUGGACAUGAUAUUAAAAUAGAGCAAGGGCAAACAAAAAAUAACAUUAUCUGGAAUCAGAGUUAGGAUUUUAACCAUUUUCCACAAGAUUAUCUAAACAUGUUCUACGUUUUUUUUGUGCUUCCAGGUCUUUUUUUUUUUUAAAAAAAGGCACCUUUUCUAUUAUUUAUUGAGUCGAAUUCUUCACUGCCAAUUUCCCUUUUUCCUUUUGAGUUUUUUGCCAGAUGUGUAAAUGUACAGAGAGGCUUGAAUGAGUGGAAAAUGUGGGUGAAUACUCAGCUUUUGAAACCGUUUCUGAGAUUUGGGAUGAGUUGUUGCAUCUUUCCUUCUCUUUAACGCGCGGGGAAAAUGAAAUUCAAGCAUGAAGUGGUGUUUUUCAAUGAAUUAAAGCCUUUUCAGAUCUGUAUCUAGGAGGAAAAUGAGAUGAGACCAUUACACUGUAACUGUUUACGACUGAUGUGCACGUCAGUCACAGGCGAGAUAUUUAACUGACCUGAACCUUCUUGAGGUGUUUUUUUUUUUUUACUAUAAUUCAGCCUGAUAAACACACAGCAGGUAUCUUGACCUGCACAGUAGAAGAAGGAGAUCACCAUUUAGCACUUACUGUAGCUUUUCAUGAACCAAUGAUGUCUGCGUUCCACCUUCCAAGCUGCAUACGGUCCUUAAAUGCACCGUAUGCAGCUUGUCACUCUCUCAUCUCAUGGUUAACAGCAAACAAAUAUUACACAAAUCAUGCAUGAAUAUACAAAAUGUAUUUGAUUGGGGGUUCAGCAGAUAAGAGGCAUAUUGUUUGGAUUGUUGGAGUUGUCAUAUCAGGAAAACAAACAGUGAAAUCCUCUAACAGCAGUGAUAUGAAGUCACCACUCUUCAGGGUGAAUGUAACAUGAUUUGUCUUACCACUAAACACUCGGGGCUGCAGAAUACCAUUGAGCAUUUAACAUUUGUCUGAAAGUAAACGCAACAUGAAAUUACCUGAGUCGUGUCUCCUAUUUUCCACUUUAUGACAUUUUUUUGUAUGUUUCUGUUCAGUAUUACAUCUUUGUUAUAGGGGUAAGCAUCAGAAUCCCUAAGAAGUUCCUGUUUUGUUGACUGAAAAUAAAUUACUUGAGACUCGA